AUGAGGGUUUUGCUUGGUCUUCUACUUUUGGCAAUCGGCGCUACAGAAGGUGUUCUCAAUGGUGAUGCGGUGGAAUGGGGUCGUCAUGCUUACAUCGUCAAGGUUUUGGCUCGCCAACGUGGUCCCGAUGCACCUCGAAGGGCUUGUACUGGACUGAUAAUCACCCCGUCAGUUAUCGUCACGGCCCCACAUUGUGUCCGACUUGGUGGAGAACGUCUCCCCGACAUCAUUGUCGUGCUCACCCGUAAUGGCACCAUCGAGAACAGACGCGGUCAUUUGGCCGAUAUCAGCGGAGGAAAAGCAAUCAUCCGUAUCGCCGCUCUACCGAUUCAAGAGUUGUGCCCGAAAGGCUCUGCUCCGAACCAUUUGGCCCUGCUCCCCAUCCGCCCGUCACUCCUCCGAGGAGCCGCUUUCCAGAACCCCAAAGACUACUUGGCCCAAUGUCGCGUCGUCGGAUUCAGCUCGAAUGGCCGAUUCGACUUUGUGUCAAACCAUGAAAUGUUGACCUACGAUGCUGAAGAUAGAGCCACGACGGACGGGAAGGUUAUCGUGCUCCCCGCCAAUGAGAACCGGACAGCUUGCCAUGGAGACGCCGGUAUGCCCUUGGAAUGCAAAUCCCCCAUCAACGAUUCCUGGUACCAGAUGGGAAUUCUGGACGUGUUCGAGGCCCCGUCAUCCACUUCGAAGUGCCAAGAGGCCAUUGCUCUACGUUUUUCACCGCUUUGGGACCCGUCGACUCUCAUGCUCAUUCAAAUGCACGACUUCGUCGGCUUCGUCCAGGCUCACAGCAUUUGCCUGAAGAACUCGUACCCUGAAGAGGGGCGCGGCCCCGAGGAGGCUUCUGACGAGGAAGAGGAGGAGGAAUUGGAGGAGGUGGAGCAAAAGGAGGAGUUGCUCCAUGAUAUG